AUGGGCUUCCUUGGCAAUGCCAUCUAUUUCGCUUUCCACCCGAACCAAUUGAGGUCGGUGAUUCAAUGGAAAGUUUGGCACAAUCCCCCUCAUGAGCGGAAUGUGAAGGAUGAGACUGAGACUCAGAAAAUUUGUUUCAAAUUUUUGGACCAGACUAGCCGCAGCUUCAGUGCUGUCAUCAAAGAGCUACACCCGGAGCUUCUCCUCCCUGUCUGCGUCUUCUAUCUUGUCCUUCGUGGUCUGGAUACCGUCGAGGAUGACACUUCUAUUCCUUUGAAGACUAAGGAGCCCAUUCUGCGGGACUUCAAGAAUUAUCUGACCCAGGAUGGUUGGAACUUCACUGGAAACCGCCCGGAGGAAAAGGAUCGGGAACUGCUGGUUCAGUUCCAGAACGUCAUCGCCGAGUUCAAGAACAUGAAGCCUGCCUACCAGGCCAUCAUUAAGGAUAUCACUGAUAAGAUGGGCAACGGCAUGGCUGACUACUGUGUCAAGGCCGAGAGCGAUGACGCUAGCGUGAAGACGAUUGAAGAAUAUGAUCUCUACUGCCAUUACGUGGCCGGUUUGGUUGGCGAGGGUCUGACUCGCUUGUUUGUGGAGGCUGAGUUUGGUAACCCUGCCCUGCUGAAGCGUCCUCGGCUCCACAAGUCGAUGGGCCUCUUCCUCCAAAAGACCAACAUUAUCCGAGACAUCCGAGAAGACUUUGAUGAUAACCGCCGGUUCUGGCCGAAAGAAAUCUGGUCCAAGCAUGUGGAAAACUUUGAGGACCUCUUCAAGCCGGAGCACCGUGAGGCCGCUCUCAACUGUAACUCUGAGAUGGUCCUAAAUGCCCUGGAACAUGCCGAGGAGUGUCUCUUCUACCUGGCUGGUCUUCGAGAGCAGAGUGUGUUCAACUUCUGCGCCAUCCCUCAGUCUAUGGCCAUUGCUACUCUGGAGCUGUGCUUCCGCAAUUAUGCCAUCUUUGAGCGCAAUAUUAAGAUCACGAAGGGUGAUGCUUGUGAGCUCAUGGUUCAGUCAACCCAGAAUCUUCGUGUCUUGUGCGAUACCUUCCGUCGCUUGACACGUGCUAUCCACAAGAAGAACACCCCCAAAGACCCCAACUUCCUGAAGAUCAGCAUCGUCUGCGGCAAGAUCGAGAAGUUCAUUGAGACCAUCUUCCCAUCCCAGAAUGCUGAGGAGGCCCAGCGCCGUAUCACUGGCGCGCUCACCAGAGAAGACAUCGAGCGCCGAAAGGAUGAAGCAGAGAACAAGGCUGACAUCUAUUUCAUGAUGGCUCUGAUGGGUGUGAUCGUUGUUCUUAUUGCUGGGACGAUGAUGCUUGCAGCCUGGUUAAUGGGUGCUCGCUUCGACCUGGCCUGGCAAGAGAUCCGGACUGGCAACUUCAGACCUCCCGUUCCCUCCCAAUCUAUCACCCACGGAGAGCUUUGA